AAUCUCUCUGAUUAGUUGGCACCGCGAGCUGAGCAGCAACGGAUCGUUAGCAAAAUGGCAGAAGUGAAUCAAGCGGAGAUUGAGGAGUUGUACAACUUCAUCCAUCCACUGGCCAUCGAGGCGGGCGAGAUCCUCAUGGAGGGCUACGAAAUGGCCAGUAAAAACGUCUCCAUCAAGGGCGAUUUCUACGAUGUGGUGACCGACUAUGACAACAAGAUCGAAGACUUUCUCAUGGAGAAGAUAUUGGCCAGCUAUCCUGGACAUAAGUUUAUUGGCGAGGAGGCGACGGCCAAGAACAACAAUGUAUCCGGCGAACUGACGGAUGCUCCCACCUGGAUCAUAGAUCCUAUUGACGGCACAUCAAAUUUCAUAAAGCAAAUUCCGCACGUUUGCGUUUCGAUUGGUUUGGCCAUCAACAAACAGAUCGUCGUGGGCGUCAUCAACAAUCCUGUCCAGAAGAAGCUCUUCACGACGAAAUUGGGUCAAGGAGCCUUCUGCAAUGGAAAGCCCAUCCAUGUGAGCAGCUGUGAGAGCGUCAAGGAUGCCAAUGUGGCCUACGAAGUGUCCCUGCUGCACGUCCACUCGGUGGCCAACAAGCACAUCAAAAGGAUCUACCAUGUGGGACUGAAUGCGAGGAGACUUGUGGCCUACUCCUGUGUUGUGGACGAGCUGUGCAUGGUGGCAGCUGGCAACUUGGAUGCCUUCUACAUCGAGGACAUGUAUCCCUGGGAUUGUGCCGCCGGUUCCCUGCUGGUGAAGGAGGCGGGGGGCGUGGUGACGCAUCCCUUUGGCGGACCCUUCGAUAUAAUGAAGCCGGAUCUCAUUUGCGCCGGAACGGAAAAGUUGCGCAAAGAGGUCGAGAAUCUGUUGCGCAAGGCCGACGAGGAGGAGUCGGUGGGGGGCAAGCCAGUGCCGAAGUAAUUAAAACAAGACAAACCUAAUAAACUGUUGGCGAAAACGAUCUAAAUUGAAAAGCUUGAGGGCAGCUGAACCGUCACUCGGCGCUGGAAGCUUUGCCAAUGGAAAGCUUUUAGAUAUCAUCCAAAUUUGAUCUCCGCCAGCUGGUAGACACGAUCCAAAAAAAGUGGCGGGAAAGCAAAUAACUCAAAGUUCAGGCUUUUAAAAACAAGCGUUUAUAAUAAAACAUUUUGAUAUGAUAAUUUUAAACCUUAAGCUGCCAAAUAAAUAUGAAAAUUGUUAGAAAGUGGUUUAAAAAUUCUAAGCGAUGAUUGCAAGAA